AUGAAGGGCAUUCCGCUUCCGCCUGGACCUCCCGCCCGUUGGUUCUGGAGCAACGCUUUGCCUGCUGUGAACAUUGCCUAUGCGCUGACCAACUUGGUUCGAGAGUAUGGGCCGGUUGUGUCGUUCAGACAAGGCAGCCAGGUGAUAAUCGUUAUUGGCACCAUGGAGGCAGCCGCGGAUAUUAUGGAGAAAGAAGGUGGAUCACUGGUAGAUCGGCCUCGUUCGAUUGCUGCGAGUGAGAUGCUCUCACAUGAAAUGCGUAUCACCAUGGCUCGUUCCGGAGAACGCUUCCGGCGCCUUCGAAAAGCAGUACAUCCUCAUUUACAGCCAAAGGCAGCACAGGCAUACCAAGAUAUGCAGCGCGAGAAUGCGAUGAACUUGGUAUUAGAUGUGCUGAAUGACCCGACGAACCACCAAAAACACGCACAGCGGUAUGCAGCAUCGGUCAUUCUUCGGGUGACUUAUGGGAAGUCUGCUCCCACUGCCAACGACGAUCCAGAAGUUGUCCGUAUCCACAAAGUUGUUGAGCGCUUUCAUGCCACAAUUCGCCCAGGAGCUUAUCUUGUCGAUCGUAUGCCAUUUUUGCGCUACUUGCCUGGUUACGGAAAACAACUUGAUGAAUGGCAUCAUGAGGAACUUGAGCUAUUUAGACAUCAGCUAAAGCGCGUCAAGAGUGAAGUGGAUCAAAAUAAAGCUGGCCCCUCUUUCAUCAAGACACUAUUGGAGAACACCGAAGCGCACAAACUCUCCACAGAUGAGAUGUCGUAUCUCGCCGGAUCACUCUUUGGGGCAGGGUCUGAUACGACAGCUGUUGGAAUUACUGUUACUGUCAUGGCUGCAGCAUGCCAUCCAUUGGCUCAGGCAAAGGUGCAUGAAGAACUAGAUAUGGUAAUUGGGUCGGACAGAGCACCGACAUUUAACGACUCAAGCUCCCUCCCUCAAUUGCACGCGUUCUUGUUAGAAGCUUUGAGAUGGAGACCUAUCGUCCGCAUUGGAUUUCCUCACCGUGCAACCAAGGAUAUUUUGUGGCAAGGAUAUUGCAUUCCCAAGGGUGCAACAGUCUACGGUUGCCAUUGGACUCUUUCUCGCGAUCCUGCUGUCUUCCCAGACCCAGAAACAUUCAAUCCCCAACGCUGGCUUGAUUCAGAAGGCCGCCUUGAUGACAGUAAUAUGAAGUUCAUAACGUAUGGCUUUGGUAGACGCGUAUGUCCCGGCCUGCACCUCGCAAACCAAUCGUUGUACAUUACCCUCGCACUUCUCUUGUGGUCUUUCCGCAUUGUUCAACGACCUGACGCACCGAUUAACACGCAUGCUUUCAAUGACGCGGUCAUUUCCCAUGCAGCGCCAUUUGAAAUCGAUGUCAUUCCCCGGGUCGAGGUUGCGAAGCUAAGAGCAAUGAUGACGGAUGUGUAUUAG